AUGAAGACUGCCUUUCAGGCAUUUUUUGAAGUAUGGGGUAGGGGUAAAAGUAACCAGCAUUCGAAACCGACAGCGAAGGCGGCAACAGGAGCUACUGAAUAUAUGAAAAUCGUUGGAAAAUCCUCCUGGCCAGAAAAGAAUGCUAGUAAUACUUUCGAGGUGCAACCAGAAUUUUCUGCUGAACAUUUAAUAGUUGCACAUGGAUUUAAAUCAGAAUCGCACACCGUCCUCUCAGGUGAUGGUUAUAUGAUAACUAUGCAUCGAAUAAUGCGUGACCUCGAUAGACGUUACGAACGCGCAGUUAUAUUGCAUCACGGUAUACUUGGAAGCUCAGAAGAUUGGCUGCUUCUUGGGGAAAGAAGAGCACUACCCUAUUUAUUAAGUGAUAAUGGAUAUGACGUGUGGCUGCUAAAUGCACGAGGUAACAAAUACUCGAAAACACAUACAGGGAAAAGUGCUGAAAGGUUAGAAUUUUGGGAUUUUUCGUGGCACGAAAUGGGUAUGUAUGAUUUACCCGCAGCUUUUAAAUAUAUUAGCGAAAUUACUAAUAAAGCAGAGCUAAACUUCAUAGGACAUUCUAUGGGGGCCACAGCACUUCUAGUUCUUUUGUCAACAGCACCAGAAUAUAAUGAUGUGUUGAGAUCCGGGGUCCUACUAGCACCAUUAGCGUUUAUGUAUCAUGUAAAAGGUCCAAUGAGACUGUUAGCAAAUUUUUAUAGCACAAAUGGUCACAGUUCUCUGAACUUCUUGGGGCAGACUGAAUUUAUGAAUUCAGGAACGUUUCCGGAACAAAUUGUUAAGAGAUAUUGUAAAGGAGACAAAAGGUCAUGUGAAAAUCCUAUGCUACUAUUAGUAAAUGGUGGCAGCCUAUUGUUGGAAACGAAGCUCAUGGAAGAUAUCCUGACCCAUACCCCUGGUGGAACAUCAGCGAAAACAAUAAUUCAUUUCGUGCAGUUGGCGAAGACUGGAUUUUUUCAAAUGUUUGAUUAUGGAGCCGCUAAUAAUGUACGAAAGUAUAAGAAUGGGACUCCCGAAAUAUAUAAUUUGAAAAAAGUAACCCUGCCACUGGCAUUGUUCAGUUCUCCUUCGGAUUGGCUAGCGACUGUGUCGGACAUUAAAACAAUUUUACCUCUUCUGCCAAAUGUAAACGUUCAUCAUGUUGUGAAAGCGGACAACUUUGGACAUUAUGAUUUUGUUUGGUCACCUGAUGCACCAGAUCUAGUCUUCAAUUUUAUUCUUCCAUUAUUAGACAAAAUAACAGACAACAAAAAGGACAGCUUUUUUGAAUGA